AAACAAAUUCUUAUAUUCUUGCACGAUGUAACACAUCAUGUUUACAUAGUUCGUAGAAGUCAGUGAAGUCAGCUAACCGUCAACUGUCUCUAGUCUCUGGCUGUUUCGUAUUGUAUAUAUACAUACAUCUAACCUGAUCUAACCUUAGGUCGCACCUUGGGAAACGGAUUUUAUCUUGGGACGAAAUCAAAUUGUUACAUGAUUUUGUGAAAAAGACGAAGAAAAUUAUAUAGCGUUACAUGACUCGACUGUAUUUGAGGUUUGAGAGUGACAGUUUUAUAGUUACACAUAUCCCGCGUAUCCCUUGCAUCAUAUAACCUAAAUCUUCCCAAAGAGGUUAAAGACGCUUAUUUAAAAAAACAAAAAACAAAGGUUUCGUCCACGCAAACGUUCAUAGGAAUUCGCAAAGUAUUAAUGCUAUUGUAAACAGAGUGACAAAUAUCGGGCGACUUCGUGCCACACAUGACACAUUGCGAUGCUGAGGAUAUCAAUUUUUACGUUACUUUUAAUAAACUUUUUUGCCGCACUUUGCCAGGACGUUGAGAUCGACGCGAAUGGCUACGUCGUUUAUUGUCCCUGCAUGGGACGCUUCGGUAAUCAGGCGGAUCAUUUUCUAGGAGUCCUCGGAUUCGCCCAAGCCUUGGAUCGCACUCUAGUGUUACCACCGUGGGUUGAAUAUCGCACGGGAGAGACAAGAUCUGUGCAAAUACCGUUUGAUACCUAUUUCAAUGUUUCCCAAGUACAAAACUGCCACAGAGCAAUAUUAAUGGAGGAUUUCAUGAAAGACGUUGCGCCAGAGAUAUGGCCGCCCGAGAAAAGGAUAUCUUUUUGUUAUGAGGCUCGCAUGGGAAGCAAUGGAACGUCCUGCAACGCGAAACAAGGAAAUCCGUUUGGUCCCUUCUGGGACACAUAUAAUAUAGACUUUGUUAAAUCGGAAUUCUAUAAACCGCUCCAUUAUUACGACGUGUAUUAUACCCAGACGAGACAGCAGCAAUGGCAGCAGUAUUAUCCAGCCGAUACUUGGCCGGUACUGGCAUUCACGGGCGCACCCGCCAGUUUUCCAGUUCAGCCUGUGAACAAGCCUCUGCAGAAGUGCCUUAACUGGAACAAUGAUAUCCUGAAUAAAGCAAAGGCAUUUAUAAAGGAAAAAUUGCCAAGGGGAGCGUUCGUCGGUAUACAUUUACGAAAUGGAAUCGAUUGGGAACGCGCCUGCGAACAUAUACCAUCCGCGCCAGAUCUUUUCGCCGCUCCUCAGUGUCUCGGUUAUCAAAACGAGCGUGGCAAAGCUACUCUGUCCAUGUGCCUGCCGUCAUUCGAUGUAAUAAUAACUCAGCUGAAGCGCGUUAUUCGCAACGGCCAUGAUAUCAAGUCUGUGUUUGUAGCGUCUGACAAUGAUUACAUGUUGGAUAGACUUGGAGAAGCUUUGUCGCGUAUGAAGAUAUCAGUUUUCCGACAAGAACCGCCGGUAUCUCCACACUUGGAUCUCGCGAUUCUUGGAAGGUCCAACUAUUUCAUAGGAAAUUGCAUUUCUUCUUUCACCGCUUUCGUGGCCAGAGAAAGGGAAGUCAGGGGAUACCCGACGUUUUUCUGGGGUUAUCCUCCCAGAACCAGAACAGAACUGUGAUACUACAUUUUGUGUAACUUAAUACCUGCCAAAUGCGCAUAAUCGUCAGUUUUUGAUAAUUUUUAUAUUUAUAUAUUAUUGUGUGAAUUAAGUAAUUCUAUUGAGAUUAACGUUAUGCAUAUGUUUAUUGUAUGACAAAAUACAACUGUAACACGUACAGAGCAGGACCAAGUCAAAAAGAGAAGGAUAUACUCUGCAAAGUUUCGAAAUAUAUAUAUUUCGCAAUAAAAAGUUUAUACAAAAUAAA